AUGUGAUCAGGUGCGCUCUAGUAGCGGUGUGUUGCUGAAGAUGGCGUGUUGUGGAGGCUGUUUGUGUUGUCAUUGCUGCUGCAAUGAAGGCGAUAUAAGAACACCAGAGGAGCUGACAAUACUGGGUGAAACCAGAGAAGAUGAUGAUGAUGAUGAAAUAUUGCCAAGAAAAGACUAUGAGAGUUUGGAUUAUGACCGAUGCAUAAAUGAGCCAUUCUUGGAGGUUUUAGAGGGGUUGGAUAAUAAGAAAGCCAGAAAGUAUGAAGCGAUAAAGUGGAUUUUGGUCUUUGCAAUUGGAGUAUCAACAGGCCUGACUGGCCUGUUUGUGGAUUUCUUUGUGCGGCUCUUCACUCAGCUAAAGUUCAGCUUGGUUGGAAAAUCUGUGGAGGAUUGCAGUGAGAAUGGCUGUUUAGCUCUCUCAUUACUGGAGCUGCUGGCUCUCAAUAUGAUGUUCAUAUUCAUCUCCAGUGUUCUGGUGCUCAUUGAGCCUGUUGCAGCUGGGUCUGGUAUCCCAGAAAUUAAAAGUUACCUUAACGGAGUAAAGAUUCCAGGGAUUGUGCGGCUGCGGACCUUCAUUUGUAAAGUCACUGGUGUCCUGUUUGCUGUUGCUGGAGGGUUGUUUGUGGGUAAAGAGGGACCGAUGAUCCACAGUGGAGCGAUAGUAGGGGCAGGACUUCCUCAGUUUCAGAGCAUCACCUUCAAGAAGAUUCGCUUUCACUUCCCAUAUUUCCGCAGUGACAGGGACAAAAGGGAUUUUGUGUCAGCGGGUGCAGCAGCCGGAGUUGCGGCUGCCUUCGGGGCACCCAUAGGGGGCACACUCUUUAGUCUGGAGGAGGGGUCAUCCUUCUGGAACCAGGCUCUCACAUGGAAAGUGUUGUUCUGCUCCAUGUCUGCCACUUUUACACUCAACUUCUUUCGUUCUGGGAUCAACUUCAAUAAAUGGGGAUCAUUCCAGCUCCCUGGCCUGCUCAACUUUGGAGAGUUCAAGUGCACAGAUGGAGAUAAGUCAUGUCAUUUGUGGACGGCAGUAGAUUUGGCGUUUUUUGUAUUAAUGGGGGUGGCAGGAGGUCUGCUCGGCGCGCUGUUCAACUGCAUCAACAAACGGCUGGCAAAAUACCGGAUGAGAAACGUUCAUCCCAAAGCAAGAUUCAUCAGGGUGUUGGAGAGUCUAUUGGUGUGUAUGGUGACCACACUAGUGAUCUUCAUGGCUUCAGUGACUCUUGGGGAGUGCCGAGAUUUAGUCUCCACCAUAAAUAACAACACAUCAACACAGGGUUCUGUAAAUGAGGAGGUGAACUCAACCAUACGACGAUUCUUCUGCUACAACAACACAUAUAAUGACAUGGCGACUCUGUUCUUCAACCCUCAAGAGGUGGCAAUCCAUCAGCUCUUCCACCAGAAUGCUACCUUCAGUCCGGUCACCCUCUCGCUUUUCUUCGUGCUGUAUUUUUUUCUGAGCUGUUGGACAUAUGGUGUGUCCAUCCCCAGUGGUCUGUUUGUCGCAUCUCUUCUCUGUGGAGCUUCACUUGGACGCCUGGUGGCCAAUGUCCUCAAAAUUAACUUCCAUAUGCAAAUCUAUUCGGGGACCUUUGCCUUGAUUGGAGCAGCUGCCUUCCUAGGAGGCGUGGUUAGAAUGACCAUCAGCCUGACAGUAAUCUUAAUUGAAUCGACCAAUGAGAUCACCUACGGACUUCCCAUUAUGAUUACACUGAUGGUGGCCAAAUGGACAGGAGAUUUCUUUAAUAAGGGAAUAUAUGAUAUUCACAUUCACCUGAAAGGAGUCCCGCUGCUGGAGUGGGAAACAGAAGUCGAGAUGGACAAAUUGACAGCCAGUGACAUCAUGGAGCCCAACCUGACAUACGUGUAUCCUCACACCCGUAUUCAGUCUCUGGUCAGCAUCCUGAGGACCACAGUCUAUCACGCCUUCCCCGUCGUCACCGAGAACAGAGAUAACGAGAAGGAGUUUAUGAAGGGAAAUAUCCUCAUAAGCAACAAUAUCAAAUUCAAGAAAACCAGUGUGUUGACGCGUGCGGGGGAGCAGAGACGGAGGUGUCAGUCGAUGAAAUCAUACCCGUCGAGUGAGCUACGCAAUGUGUGUGAUGAGCAGGUUGUUGUGGAGCCGGCGGAGGAAGGGCAGGACAUGCUUCAGCAGAUGCUGGAGAGGAGGCAUGUGCCGUACCCAAACCUUUACCCGGACCAGUCUCCCAGUGAGGAGUGGACCAUGGAGGAGAGGUUCCGCCCGCUCACCUUUCACGGGCUCAUCCUGCGUUCACAGCUCGUCAACUUGCUGAUCCGCGGAGUCUGCUAUGCUGAAAACCAGUCGAGCGCCUCACAGCCACGGCUCUCUCAUUCAGAGAUGACUGAGGACUACCCACGAUUCCCUGACAUCCACGAUCUCGACCUGGCCCUUCUCAAUCCACGCAUGAUUGUGGAUGUGACUCCUUACAUGAACCCCUGUCCGAAUACAGUCUCUCCAAAUACACGCGUCUCCCAAGUAUUCAAUCUGUUCAGGACCAUGGGGCUUCGACACUUACCUGUAGUCAAUGCCGUGGGAGAGAUUGUGGGAAUAAUCACCAGACAUAAUCUUACCCAUGAGUUUUUAGUUGCUAAACUUCGACAGCAUUACAUCACAAUCUAAGACUCCUCUGGCGCCGUCUGUGAUCAAUCAGCCAUACUCGAGUAGUGGCUCGCUUGAGAUGAGACGAGAUGAGCCGAACGCUCCAGGGACCUGAGACCAGAUCGCCUCCGGACCUGAACCUCUGCUUCAGGUCGACCCUUAAGCCAUUCCUAGAGUUCGGUAUCUGACCCGUCCAGGCACAAACACACACAAACACGCACUAAUGCAGGUGAGAUACCAUUAAUCAACACAUUUCAGGAAAGCAUCCUGAUUUCCUCAUACUGACGAUGUUCUCUGCCCGUGCUUUACCAACCUCACUGUAGCACUUUUAAUUUAGUCUCUUUAAGUUCUGAAUGUUUUAAAUUGUGCCGACCAUUUCUGUGUAUUUAUGAAUGUUUGCUUUUGCACAAAGGGUGAGAUAAACCACUGACCACAGUCCCUGGUCGAAAUCUUUUAACUUAUAGGGUAAAUAUUAUGAAACCAAGAACAGGUCUGUGUCAUUAUUCACCCCAGAAUCAAAAGAAAGAUUUGUGUGUGUAUAAAGACAUUUCUUUUAGACCAUUAGAUUUUUU